GUGGCAGCUCUGCGCGUCACGCGUGGGCCUCGCGGUACAAACACUGAUGCACAAGCGAACCGCGCGUAAAGAAAGUCUUCCUGUCAGUCUGUCGCUGUGGCUCGGUUGGUGUCGAAGCUCUCUUUCUUGUGAUAAACGUCGUUAAAGAAUAUCAAGUGGUGCAGAGGUUCUGUACUAUCAGCAGAUAAACAUCAACAGCCACCACACCUAGCAACAGGGUUGUCAGGACGCAGGAAGUAACUUGCUAGCUCGCUAACGUAGCCACUAGCUGCAAACCUCGGCCAUUGCUGCUGCGGCGCUCAUGACUUCUCUUACCGAUGUGGUUAUCCUCGAUGUGCACGAUGAGCUCGGCCAGAGAGUCGAAGUGAAGUCCGCAGCCCCCAAACCUGCAAGCGUUGGAAAAGAAAGAAGCAGCGGCGAUGCCUGUCAUGGUCGCUGCUGCAUUGGGAAUGAGAGCUGGUGGCGGCGGCAGCAGCAGCAGCAGCAGCGAGUAGCAGGGGAACAGCAGGCGGACAGCGGUGGGAACAGCUGGAGCGGUAGGGGCGGUGCGGUGAGAGGGGCGGUGCGGUGAGAGAAGCGUCAAGUUUCGAAUCAGCUGGGGAGCAACAGCUUGUCCGGAAGCAUCCAGGCAGAAACUGCUGCUGAACAAGAUGGCAUGUGAAGGGGCAUGCAGAUUGAGGAGGAGGAGACGCUUUAAAGUAAUUUUCAAGUUUUAUGAGAAGGUGGCCAGAGUGAUGAACUCAGACCAGGAAAGGCCGUUCGUGUGCAACGCUCCUGGCUGUUCUCAGCGAUUCCCCACCGAGGACCAUCUGAUGAUACAUCGACACAAACAUGAGAUGACCCUUAAGUUCCCCUCCAUAAAGAACGACAACAUGUUAUCAGACCAGACGCCCACACCGACGCGCUUCCUGAAGAACUGUGAGGAGGUGGGACUGUUCAGUGAACUGGACUGCUCCAUUGAGCAAGAGUUUUGCAAGGCCCAGGAAGAAGAGGACAGCAAACAGAACAUCUCACUGCACGGCCAGGCAGGCCAAGGCCAGCACCAACAUUCGCACUCGCGGAUGGGCAACCACGAUACCAGCAUAGUGAUCCAGCAGGCCCUGCCCUCCCCUCAGUCCAGCUCUGUCAUCACUCAGGCUCCAUCCACCAACAGACAGAUAGGGCCUGUCCCCGGCUCUCUGUCCUCACUACUGCACCUACGAAACAGACAGAGACAGCCUCUGCCUGCCUCCAUGCCUGGAACCCUGCCAGACCCCACCAUGCCCGGCUCGUCCGCCGUGCUGAUGCCUAUGGAGAGGCAGAUGUCUAUGGGCUCCAAUAUGAUGGGUAUGCAGGGACCCACCCACAGCAGCUCCUGCUCCUCCACUCACAUUCCCUCCAUGCACUCAGAAGCCAAACUGAGGCUGAAGGCUGCACUUUCACACCACCGCACCAUCCCCAACGGCAACAUGAACUCCAUGGGCCACAUGAUGGAGAUGAUGUCGUCGCGGCAGGAGCAAAGCACUCACCAUCACAUGCACUCACACCCGCACCAGCACCUGCAACCGCCUCCCCACGCAUACCAGCACCACGGCGGGCAUCACCACCACAGCCAGGCGCACAGCCAGGGCGGACACCAUCACCCGCAGGGACACAACCCCCAUCACAACUCCCACAAUCCCCACCUCCAUCCUGGGCACCCACACCAGACCUCACCGCACCCUCCGAUGCACUCUUCCUCACAUAUGUCACCGGCAACCCAGCAGAUGCAACCUACGCAGACGAUGCAGUCUCCGCCUCCCAGUGGCGGGCGUCGCAGACGGGUAGUGGACGAGGAUCCGGAUGAACGUAGGCGGAAGUUUCUUGAGCGGAACAGAGCGGCAGCAACGAGAUGCAGACAGAAGAGGAAAGUUUGGGUGAUGUCGUUAGAGAAGAAAGCCGAAGAGCUCACUCAGACCAACAUGCAGCUUCAGAAUGAAGUGACGAUGCUAAAGAACGAGGUGACCCAACUCAAACAGCUUCUCCUCACACACAAGGACUGUCCCAUCACCACUAUGCAGAAAGAGUCCCAGGGUUACCUCAGUCCAGAGAGCAGUCCAGCAGCCAGUCCGGCUCCGGCGUGUUCCCAGCAGCAGGUCAUUCAGCACAACACCAUCACCACCUCCACCACGACUGUAGGGGGCAGCAGCGUGCACGGGCAGACCAACCACCGCACAGACAUUAACCCCAUCCACUAGGGACUGGAGAAACUGUAGCCCCCAGCUGUAGCCCCAAAUAACCCCCCCUCUGCCCCCUCCAUCAAGAAACACCUCAAAGGCCACUGCGGCUGCUCUUUAUUCAGUAGCUACUUUAUGUAAUUUUAUAGACCAACCCUAUUAACGCAUACUUGUUCUAUGGUUUUUGCCUCUUUUUUUUAAUCUUUGCUCCUGGCUACAAAGGGAGUUUUGCUAGUCUCAUGCAGCAUUUACGUGACUUUUUCUGUUGUUUUAAUGGUACAAAAUGGAACCAGAGGAAGAGUCGUAACUCUUGGACUGUCAUCUCUUAAAGCAGACCUUACAUCGCUUGUUGGAUGGACUGAGUCAAAUCAUUCCCUAAUUAUCACAUGUAGACAGUAUCUGAAUGUGUGCAACAGACUUUGAUAAGUGAGUGGAUGUUAAUGCCUUUAUGUGUUGUCUAAAACCAGGUCGCCAUGAUGUCUUGAAGACAGAAUUAUGCAAGAAGGUGUUUUGAUCCUUUACUUCCCUAGCGAUGACUGUUAACGUUUCCUGUGUCUGUUAUUCUCUGAGAGUGUUAUCCAGUACAGUGACAGAGAAAACAUGAUCAAAUGGAAGCAAUACGUCACGGUAUUGAUUAUCUUCUGUGCUGUGUGUCCACCUUAUGAUCAGCAUGGCCAAGCCGCUCUGGUCCCGAGGACAUGAGAUGCUGUUACAGCUACAGGAGUGUACACUGUGAUGAUAGUGAGGCAGCUCAGGGGGUUGAAACACACUCCUCCGCUCCAGGACCAACUGAAGCUUUAAUUAUUAAGGCCUCUUUUUUGUGUGUUUGUGCAUCUGGAUCCACACUUUGGAUUCAAAUCCCAAUUGAAUAUAACCUUCAAUUAUGUGUGUCUGAAUACUUUUGUGUGUGCAUGUGAAUUGUUUAUACUAUUUGUUGUUGUUUUGUCUUCUUCACUCUGCAGAACCAAGUUCAGUAGUUGAGUGAACAAAGAAAAAGUUUGUGGAUGCAAUUUUUUUUUUUCUUACACCUGUCAAAGAGAUUCUAAAGAGGAGCGUUUAGUUUAUGUGUGCUCUCCAAAAAUGUCACAAUGUGCCUGAAUCUUUCAUAGAAUCUUCUGUUGGCUUUCUAUAGACAGAAAAACCCAAUCAAACCGUCUAAUCUCAGUGUAUCAUCGAGGACUUUUCUCUAUUAUUGGCUUUGUCGUGGACGUCUGCUGAAUGUCAGGAUAAAACGAGCUGACCAAGGAGAAAAAAAAUCCCUUUUUCCAUUUGGCCUCUGACCUCUGCAUCAGUUCCUCUUCCUCUCUUUCUCAGGCCUCCUCUGUAGUUUAGAUCAGUGAUGGAUGCACUGAUAGCAACAAUGGCUUCACCUCUUUCCCCCCCCCCCCCUUCCUUCUCACCUCAACCAAAACUCCUCAUUCACUCUUCUCCUGUGACCAGGAAUGUUGAUUCAUGACUCAUUAGCAUGAUGACCACGAUGCACUGUGUUUUUUACAGUCGGAUGGAUGAGUUACAUUCCACUCACUGGUGGAGUGGGCGCAGAGCUGUCUAUGCACUUUGUCCUCUGCCAUGCCAGAGGGAAGAAUAGCCAUAUUAAGGUCCGAGUAAUUCCCAGUGAUACCCCUUUUUGAAACACCAGCGAGAAUCCUAAACUGUGUUUGGCUUAAUGAAUAAGAAACUUGUGCCUGGCAUUAAUCAUGUGUCUAUUGAGCUCCUGAGCUUUUGCCCAAACUAUUCCGGAAACUCACAUUUUGAAAUCCCAUCUCUUCCUAAUAAGUUGCUUUCAAGUGUUUCGCACUGUUUGUGUCAUUUCUGAACUCAGAGUCUGUGUGUUUGUUAAGUAGAGAAAUGAAUUAUCUCUAAAAGGGCUUUGUUGUUCCAACCUUUGUCCUGAAGUUAGCCUCAUUUUGCUUCAUUUCUAAAACCAUUUGAAGAUUGUAAAAGCAUUCCAACAUAACCUCUUGCAUGUGAAAACGUAGUAAGGACCUCAGAGUUUUAACUGGAAUCAUUUGGAGGAUUUUAAAAGUAAGAAAAAUCCACUUCUAGUCGUGGAUCCAGGUUCAGAAAGAGACGUUUUUUUUAUUGCAGAUGCCAACGACAGAAACAGGUGGAAGGGCAGUGUGAGUGUGUCUGUGUGUGAAGAGAAAGCUCCUACACAUGAAUGAUGUUAUAUCUGUGUUAUUUUUAAAAUCUAAACCUAUAAAUAUUGUACAUAAUGUCAUUCGUUUUCUGUAACUCUGUACAUGUAAUGCAACCACCUUCUUUUUGAAGGGAGUCAAUGUGUGGUACAUGUUUGUAAAUAAUGUUUGCAUAGCACUUGUUGCCUUCUGUUGUACAUCAAGGCUCAUUUCAGCGCUUAAACACAUUGUUUAUAUGUAAUGAACUGAUGAAUCCAUGUUUUGCCUGCAUAACUUUGUACAUUUAUUGUGUCUUCAACGACAUUUCCUCCUUUUUGUUUAGUUUUGCAUUUGUACAGAUGUUAAAGUAUCACUGCAGUUACAUUACAGUAUGAAAAUAAAGCACUUGUUCUGUAACGUA